AUCUUCCUCUUCCCCCAUAUUCUACUGUAAAAUCAGUAGGGUUUUCCUCUGUUAAAUAUAUGACAUUCAUGUAAACCUGAACAAGCUUCAUACACAGAGUUUAUAGGUAUCGAAGCUGAUGGAUUCUUACUCUCUCCAUCUAGCGAUGGCGGCUCUAUUUGGGGCUUCCUUCGUGGCCGUGUCAGCCUUUUACAUGCAUCGGAAAACCUUAAACCAGUUGCUGGACUUUGCCAAGACAGUAGAACGAGAAAGAGCGAAACAAGAAGCCGAUGAUGAGUUAGAACCGGUCGAGUCGCCGCGGCAUUGGAAAAAGAACACCGACAAGAGACGAAAUCACGGCAGAAAAAAAACCAACACCGAUUACAGGCGCGCUUCCGCGUCCUUACCGGACGUGACGGCGAUUUCCGGCUAUGCUGAUGCUACGAUUCCAGUAGUUGUUGAUGGCAUUCCUACCGAGUUCCCCAAGCUUCUUAAGUUACCUUCAGAGAAAUCCACUGGAGUGACAAGAAGAACUUCAAAUCUAAUCAGACCAACUUCUCCCAAGUCUCCUGUUGCUAGUGCCAGUGCUUUCGAAAGUGUGGAAGGAUCUGACGACGAAGAUAACAUGACUGAUAUUGCCAUGUUAGAUGAUCAAUUUAUCCACACCAAUGGAGAUGUUGGUCCAGAAAAUAAUGGGUUGUUCCAGGAGUUGCCAGAUGCUACUAAUGCCAACAGAGAGGCUCAGCCUUUAGUUGCAUCCAGUAUGACACACAAUGUAUCUGGUGAUGUGCAUGGAGUCCAACCAGAUCCUGUGGCAGCAGACAUUCUUAGGAAGGAACCAGAGCAUGAGACUUUUGUACGACUCAAGAUUUCUCCAACAGAACGGCCUACACCUGAAGAAGAGGAUGUCUAUAAGAGCUUGCAAGCUUGUCUUGAACUACGAGAGAGUUAUGUAUUUAGGGAAGCUGUUGUCCCUUGGGAGACAGAAGUCAUACAUGAUCCAAGUACUCCAAAACCUAAUCUGAAUCCAUUUGGUUAUACUUUUGAAGGAAAAUCUGAGCAUUAUUUUCAGAUGGAAGAUGGAGUUGUUCAUGUUUAUGCUAAUAAAGACUCAAAAGAAAAGCUAUUCCCGGUUGCUGAUGCAACAACCUUUUUUACUGACCUGCAUCAUAUUCUUAAAGUAAUAGCAGCUGGGAAUAUUCGGACUUUGUGCCAUCAUAGACUGGUCCUUCUAGAGCAAAAAUUUAAUCUGCACCUGAUGCUUAAUGCGGAUAGGGAAUUUCUAGCUCAGAAAAGUGCUCCACAUAGGGACUUCUAUAAUGUCAGGAAAGUUGAUACACAUGUUCACCAUUCAGCAUGUAUGAAUCAGAAGCAUCUUCUGAGGUUUAUAAAGUCCAAGUUGCGGAAGGAGCCUGAUGAGGUUGUGAUAUUUCGAGAUGGAACAUAUCUGACUCUGAAGGAAGUCUUUGAGAGCCUGGAUUUAACUGGGUAUGACUUGAAUGUUGACCUUUUAGAUGUUCACGCGGACAAGAGCACUUUUCAUCGUUUUGACAAAUUCAAUCUGAAGUAUAAUCCCUGUGGUCAAAGUAGACUGAGGGAGAUCUUCCUUAAACAAGACAAUCUUAUCCAGGGGCGUUUCCUUGCUGAAUUAACAAAACAGGUCUUUACAGACCUUUCUGCAAGUAAAUAUCAGAUGGCUGAAUAUAGGAUAUCAAUAUAUGGUAGAAAGAUGAGUGAAUGGGAUCAGAUGGCUAGUUGGAUUGUCAACAAUGAAUUGUACAGUGAGAAUGUUGUUUGGUUGAUUCAGCUUCCCAGGUUGUAUAAUAUAUACAAGGACAUGGGAAUAGUUACAUCGUUCCAGAACAUCCUUGACAAUAUCUUUCUUCCUCUGUUUGAAGUUAGUGUUGAUCCAGAUUCACAUCCUCAGUUACAUGUUUUCUUGAAGCAGGUUGUAGGGUUGGAUUUGGUCGACGAUGAAAGCAAGCCUGAAAGACGCCCAACAAAACACAUGCCAACUCCAGCACAAUGGACCAAUAUAUUUAACCCGGCAUUUUCAUACUACGCCUAUUAUUGUUAUGCUAACCUGUACACUCUAAACAAGCUCCGUGAGUCAAAGGGCCUGACUGUUAUUAAAUUCCGUCCACAUUCUGGAGAGGCUGGUGAUAUUGACCACCUUGCUGCAACAUUCCUUACUGCUCAUAAUAUUGCACAUGGAAUCAAUUUGAGAAAAUCUCCCGUUCUUCAAUAUUUAUACUACCUUGCACAGAUUGGUUUGGCCAUGUCUCCUUUGAGCAACAACUCCUUGUUUCUGGAUUAUCAUCGUAACCCUCUUCCAAUGUUUUUCUUACGCGGUCUCAAUGUUUCACUUUCUACUGAUGAUCCGCUGCAAAUUCACUUGACAAAGGAGCCUCUCGUGGAAGAAUACAGUAUAGCUGCUUCAGUCUGGAAGUUGAGCUCCUGCGACUUGUGUGAAAUUGCUCGCAAUUCAGUCUAUCAAUCUGGUUUCUCUCAUGCUUUGAAGUCUCAUUGGAUUGGAAAGGAAUACUACAAGAGAGGACCUGACGGAAACAAUAUUCACAAGACGAAUGUGCCUCAUAUCAGGCUGGAAUUUCGAGAAAUGGUGUGGAGAGAAGAGAUGCAACAGGUUUAUUUGUGGAAAGCCGAUUUCCCCCAAUUCAUAGACCCUUAGAUAAUGUAAUGGGAGAUCAGUUGAUGGAGCAUGGACUGUAUUUCUGUUUAUUACAUGGUGGUAUGUCAGAAAAAACUUAACACCGUAAAUCAAUCGAUGAUGGCAACAAUUGGGAAAUUGGUAUAUUGUUCGAACUGGCUUAAUAAAAAUCUUUCAAACAAUGUAUCAUACUAAUGACUAUAUUUUAUGUAUAAUAAGCUUUCUUAAGAAGUUACUUUUUUUUGGUAUCAAUAGAGAUACUGAAGGAGAUGAGAAAUGUUCUUCACCUUUGGUUCAAGUUUUGACCCGACAAAAUUGUGGUGUAAAACCGGUCUUAUACAUCUUGUUUUUAGCUAUGCAUCAAUCUUGAGAA